CGUCACGCCCGCCAGCUCCCCCCCCCUCUAACACUCACACUCGGCUUGCGCUCGUUUUCUUCAUUAGUGUAAGUGUAGGCAGACGCAGACACAACGGGAGUCAGAGCACCAAGAACAACAAAUAGCUAAGUUUGCCGUUGAGUGUGCCUUUACCACAUUACCCUACAGUCACCAUGCUCACCCGUCAGACAGCGAUUAUUUUCCUCAUCCUCGUGGCCGUCAUCGCCAUCUACAGUGUCUCCAGGUAUUCACUUGAUGAGAAGUUUGCUUCCGUGCUCGUGGCGAGAUGCAUCGACACCAGCAGCAGCAGGAGCGCCUCGCCCCCGGCCCCCGGAGCAUCAAGGGACGGUGCCUUCUACCGGGAGGAAGACAUCGCCACGUGGAACGAGGACUGGGGGGAGAAGAAGUGUGCGCUGCGGGAGAUGACCAACCUCAGCCAGCUUUUCGACUACAUCCAAACGCCGCUGGUCCGCUGCGACACACAGCUGAUGCUGGGAGGCCGUUUGCUAGGCAAGAGUCGCUACACCGACGGUGAGAAAUGGGUUUGUGUGGACAAGAAAUUCAAAGUGAUUCCCUUGAAAUGUCUGGUCUUUUCCUUCGGCAUUGGGGGAGACUGGUCAUUCGAGGACGAAGUCGAUAGGAAGCUGGGCUGCACGGUGUUUGCCUUCGACCCCACCAUCAAAAAGGAGAAUCACAACCGCACCGCCAGAAUCAGCUUCUUCAACCUGGGCAUCGACGGCGUCACCAACACCGACCCGCAGGCCAAGAAGAAGGUGGACCGCUACGCCAACAUCCUCGCGGGGCUCGGCCACCUCAACAGCAUCAUUGACAUCCUCAAGAUUGAUGUGGAGGGAUCCGAAGUCGCUUUCUUUGGGGAUGUUUUUGGGAAGACUCCCAACCUGCUGAAGAACGUCAAGAUGAUAGCGAUGGAGAUUCACAUGGACUCCAAUCUUAGAGAGCUUAGACGAAGUUACAAAGUCUUCUGGGAAUACUUUCAACUUCUGGACUGUUUCGGCUUCAAGAUUUCGCACAGCGCCGUCAAUCCGUUCUGUGGUCACAAAGUAGUGGACGGGCAGCACCGCUCCAACUGCUACGAGAUAGUGUGGGUCCAGGACCGAGAAUGGUAAAACCAAAGUCUAAUUAUAACAAGUCUGGCCACUUCCCUCGAAAAUCUCGUCGGAUUCACGCAAUGACGUCACGCUGCCUUCAAAGACUGGGUCCGUUAAGGGGCUCUCACACAUUCCCGGUCCCGGUCGCGACCGUCCCCGAUGACUCCCGAUAAGCCGGUCGCCGGUCGACCGGCUGUAAGAUCGGGGAUUGUCGGCGGCAGACCGCCGGUCGACCGCCGGUCGACCCUGAGGACCGUAGACGCAGCCGACCACCGCCGGUCAACUUUAAAAUUUUCAAAGAUAUCGGCGAUGCGCCCGGUCGACCGGCGGUGUGGAAAAAUGUCGCCGGUCGACCGGCGGUCAGCCGCCGACACCCACGGCAGACCAGCGGCAGACCGGCGAGUGAACACCUGUGUCUGACCUGGGGAUUAGCGAGGGAGGAAGGAGGAAAACGAAGAGGAACAGGCAGGAGCGAGGGAUGAAGAGAGAGAGGGAGAUGCGAUAAAGGAGGAAGAGGAAUGGGCGAAAGAGAGAAAAUAUAUAUAUAUAUAUAUAUAUAUAUAUAUAUAUAUAUAUAUAUAUAUAUAUAUAUAUAUAUAUAUAUAUAGAUAUAGAUAUAGAUAGAUAGAUAGAUAGAUAGAUAGAUAGAUAGAUAUAGAUAUAGAUAUAUAUAGAUAGAUAGAUAGAUAGAUAGAUAGAUAGAUAGAGAUAUUGAGAAAUAGAUAGAUAGAUAGAUAGAUAGAUAGAUAUAGAUAGAUAGAAAGAGAGAGAGAGAGAGAGAGAGAGAGAGAGAGAGAGAGAGAGAGAGAGAGAGAGAGAGAGAGAGAGAGAGAGAGAGAGAGAGAGAGAGAGAGAGAGAGAGAGAGGAAUGGAAGGAGGAACAGGUGGGAGGGAGUGAGGAAGAGAGAGGGAGUGAGGAAGAGAGAGGGAGGGAUGGAGGAGAGUGAGGAAGGAAGGGAGAGAGGGUGGAAAGAGAUGAAAAGAAAGGAGGAAGAGGAAUGGGUGAAAGGAGAGAGAGAGAGAGAGAGAGAGAGAGAGAGAGAGAGAGAGAGAGAGAGAGAGAGAGAGAGAGAGAGAGAGAGAGAGAGAGAGAGAGAGAGAGAGAGAG